UGCCACGGUAACCUGACGCGGCUGAUCGCUCGUGCUGGAAUCAGGGAAAGUGCAGGAAACUGCGUGUGUAUCGCGGUUUGAUCAGCGGUCGCAGGUGUCAUCAUGAGUGCUCCAGGCUCCAGCUGCGUGUCGGUUCCUGUGGAUCAUCUCGAUUACAGCUUCAUCCAGAGCUGCUCAGACCUCAGAUAUCUGGAGAAGAUCCUGAGAGUUCUGCGGUCUGGACUGGAGGGCUUUUACCCUCAUCUGAUUGAGUUCUGUGAGAGACACAUAGAGAAACUGGACCCAAAGUGUCGAGUCCUGAGGAAGGAGAAUCGCGCCGCAACCGCUUCCUGUUUCUCCACAGAGGAAUGGAGGAACAUCUCUGAAGACCUGCAGAUGUGGGAGAGGAGUAUCAGGUCAGAUGAAGUGGAGCUGAAGCGAAGCCCCAUAUCCAGUGACACCGAAAACCUUCCUCCAGUUCGUCCUCACACGGCCCUCUUCAGGAAACACUGAGACUCUGCAUUGUGGUGCAUUCUGGGUAGUUGCUGUGUUGGCUGUGUGGCUUCUUCAGUUCAGCACUGACUAAUCAAAAUCAUCUUAUUUUAUCAUUUUUAACCACCACUACAAUGUUUCUGUACUGUAUGUUCCCCUUAGUCAUGGAAAAAGCACAUAUUGUAGGAUAACGUACUUCACACUAGGGAUGGGGAAAUGAAGCUUCAUGAAGCAAUGAGGCUUUCCCUUGACCGUUCCGGGAAAAUAUUCAAAGCUUCGAGAGUGUCGAGAACAGUGCCAUCUGGUGCUUAUUUAAAAUAAAGCAGCCAGAAGCUCUGACAGAUGAAGCAACCACAACACACUACAGAGUUUCAAUGUUAUGUGUACAAAUAAAAACCUUACAUGUU